AAGGUAUAAGCCGCUCAGAGGCAGAUCUAAAACAUUGCAGCAGCCACAGGGUCUCCCGACGUGUCUCGCACCAAUCUCGCGCGUCAGCAUUGAUUAGCGGGAGUUAGCAUUGGCGCACUGGACUUGGCCCUACUUGGCCAUCUUUCUGUGUCGCAACUUCGUCGCCUCUGGACUACCAGUAUCCUCCCUUACGCUCCGCUCGCCCAUCGUUUACCGGAGCCCUUGCCGGCCCCACUCCUAUUUCUUCGCAAUAAUCAUCUACGUGCACGCUUCUACUUGUAAUCUUAAAGUUAUCGUAGACUCGAAGAAAGAGGAGGACGCGGGGAAAAGGCAGGGAGGAUCGGUAUUCAGGUUUCUGCUUUGCCCCCGUACGUUUGUUUAAGAGGAUCGAGCCAUCUUUAACUAUCAACAAUCGCUCUCCUUCCGCGCGUUUGGAACCCGCGACAUAUUCCGACCUUUGCCCUGAUCCUUCAAGUUGAUUUGUAUAUGGUGCAUUUGGUGCUGCAUGCGCCGGCGAUCACACUGCAUAAUCCCCUGGACUUCACGGACCCUCAGUCGCUUUCGACGACGAGAUGCCUGACCGCGGCUCGCGCUAUCCUGACGCAGCAUUACACGCUCAUCGCCACCUCAUUCGAUAUCACACGGCUGCAUCCGUUCGCCACGUACCAUGCAUUGCAUCCCGGCGAAAUCAACUUCAUACCACAGUGUGUUGCUGACGUGAUUAGGUGUUUUAUUGUUUGCGUCGUUGGCGGUGUAGAUAUGCUGAUAUCUCGCCGCUGUGGUGCAGAUUCAACUGUGUAAGUAUUUCAUUGAGAUUGGGAACACGGAGAGGGAGUAUGGCGUUUGGGGAGAGAUCAACGUACUUCGAUUCGCCAUGACUGAACACGGCAAACGCUCGCCCAUCGGGACCCGCCGAGAAAAACUCCUUCAAGGACUGAUGGCCAAAAUAGAAUCCCGCUCUUUCUCGCACGCCGGCGUCUUCAAAAAAUCGGCCUCGGGGUCCGGAGGGGCGGGUGGACAUGGAGGGGUCGAUGCGUUUGACCCUCUGUUCAAUCCCGGACUACAGAAACUUGCGUCGGCAUUGUCCCGAUCCAAUCUACCUCCACCCAACCUCGACCUUAUGUUUCGCAGUCUUGAGGCCAUACCAAAAGCGAAUAGGUCUCUCCUCGCAAUCGACGAACUCGAGCCGCCCUACACAGCCUAUUGUGAACGCCUCUGCUCUGGCUUUGGUACCUGGGAUUCGGUCCCGCUCACCCUGCAGGACCAUGGACGGUCGAGAACAUUGCCCCCUCCGAUAGAGACAGAGGAUGAGGUCGUGAUUGGAGGCUCGUGUCGCGGGUCGCAUAAUGGACAUGGUGUCACACUACCACCUCCGCCGAGACCCGACCUUGCGCACGGAAGCGAUUCUAGCUCGGCUCGUGGUUCCAAUUCAUCAAUCCCGGUGAGGUCGUCUGCGGAUACGGGGAACACGUCUCUUCAUGCUCGAUCAGAACACGGCGUUCUUUCAAUACCCAUCUCUGAUCUCGAACGCCGUUUGAGCACCGACCGAUGCUUGGAUAUCUUCAUAAUGAAACCAAAGCAAGUGAAGCUUCAGAUCCGCCUUCGCUCUCUUGAAAGAGAGAAAUGAGGGUUUCAGCGGUGACCUAUAUUCGCUUCGUGCCGCGUUCGACAGGCAUAGAGGUUUCGCAUCCUUGCGGGCGCAUCUUCAUCUUGUCAGACUUGUUCCUCACAAGCGAGCUGACACCCAGUCACGAGAGAAAUCCAGACGCGGGUAUGUGGCUCUUGUAUCCUCCAUUAACGGAGAAACAUCUCAAGGUCGCGGCCGUUGACGGUCAACGUCGGUGGCUGUCUCUGCUUCCCCAAUCUCUAAAAGGCUGUUGCUCAAAAGAUUUUUCUUGAACAAAGGACAACGCUGUGCAGGUCACCAUCGUGCGCAAGGAGAAAUCGAUAUUCGAGUUUGAGUCUCAGCAAGUGAGAGAUAGAGUGAUGUCAGAGUUUUUAGAAUGUAUCGAGUUCGCCACUGCCAGUAUUGUUCCUUCGAGUAAACACCCCGUGUCAUCGCUUCCUAACCUUAACGACCUUCCAAAAUCUCCAUCCGCACCUCCGGGUCCACCUCGAGAACCGCCACCUUCUUCCAGUUCCACACCAGAUUUCCACUCUAGCAACAGCAUAGCCGAAGCCCGGCACCACAUCCAGACGGGGCCACCUCUCCGGUCACCAGUCUCCUCAUGAGCGCUUUUCAAAAUGCGAGGAUCGAGUUGAGUCGGGACUCUGAUCCAGUCCCACAUAGCGGCGAAGGGACACCAAUGUCUUCUCGUCCUGGUCGCGACUCAUCGAAGCUGUCGUCGAGGAAUAGGAAUAGGAGGUGGAGGAGGUGGAGGAGGUGGACCGGAAGUUAUGCAGCGGCAUCAUGGGCUCUCCUUCUUUUCCCUCGCCAAAAUCUGUCCAUGACACCUAGCGACUCUUGUGUCGGACGUUUGGGCUUGCAAAUGACAGAUGUGGUCUUGACGG